UUGAUGCAGGUGCUCAUGCUUGAGGAGGAGAUGAAGGAGGAUAAAGGAGAAGAGGAGGAGCAGCAGCAGCGUAUACCCCUAUCUACAUGCAAAAGUAUAAACAUUUGAUAGGUUUAGCAAAGUUAGUAGAGAUUGCAGUCAGUGGGAAUAUCAAAAUGAGAAGUCAAAAAUGUGUAUGAUAUGUAUUAUAUAUUGUGUAGUUACCAAUUAUAUUGUAACCUAUUUUAUACAAGUUUAACUGAAUUAUUAUUGUACUUGUUGCUGGCCAUUUGAUAGUUUUAGAAAAUAUUGGGUUUCACUUGCAUCACAUGGCAUGGCUCAUGAAUAACAUAUGGAAACAUGAGUAGCCCUAUCUUGUUUCUAGCCUGCGCAUCUCCCUGGAAGUGUUGCACUGGAAACCUAAACUUUGGGAGAGUUUGAAUCCUGUUGCCACUAGACGAGGAGUUUAUUCAAUGCCAUCGCUUUUAUAACAAAACGUGUAGCUUGAUGACCUGUGAGCUACGACUGUAUAAAACAAGAAUGGCCCUUGAGAUGUCCAACGAUAAACGGAUAAAACUCGGAGCGCUCUGGUGACUCGAAUCCAAUUGCGCCCCUAUCCAAAAAAUAUCCUCCCCAACCGGGAGAUUCACACUGGACGUUUGGAAGCGGAACGAACGAUGACUAGACGCAGUGACAGCGAUAAUGACGGAGAGACUUCAUCCCGGUCUCCGUCCUGGCGCCCAAAGAAAUGUAAAGGUGAAAAGCAUGUGUCUUUCCCUCCGGAUGAGGAGAUAGUGUCAGGCUUCGCUGAGCGCAAGGACACGAUCAAUGUUGACAGCCUCACCUUGGCAGAGGUAAUUGAGGCCUACAAGAGGAGCUGCGACAGGCACCAGGUGGAACCUAAACCCAAGAUUCUGGAACAACUUGAGCAGGUUACCAGUUUAAAUGGCAGGGCCCCAUGUCUGGAUUUGAAAGGUGAGCGAUUAGACCACCUUUCCUGCGAGGCUCUGGAAGUCAUACUGAAAUCACUGAGCUUUGAUUUCAUCAAUCUGAAAGCGGCCGAGCUGGAGGAAAAUGGAGCAUCAUCCUUGCUGGAUAUGAUUUUGUAUUAUGAAUCUACCCCCCAUCUUGACAUCUCUGACAACACCGGCAUGGGGAUAUCUGGUUGGAAGGCCCUCUCUCAUUUGAUAAAGCAGAGUGUGUGUCUGUUGAGGCUGGAUGUGUGUAACGUGGCCCUGCUACAGUAUCCAGCCCAGGUCCUGUCAAGAGCCCUCCGAAGCAGCAGACUCACCGUGCUGCACCUCCAAAGCACCUGCCUCAGUGGCAGACCCCUCUUCACGCUUGUGGCUGCUCUGAAGAGCAACAGAGCGCUCCGGGAGCUGUACCUGUCCAACAAUAAUCUGAACAGCGAACAGGACUCUAUGCAGUUAGGAGACCUGCUCAGAUACAACAGCUCAAUCACUACUCUGGACCUCAGCAACAACACCAUAGCAAACUCAGGACUGGAGGAGAUCUGUGAAGGUCUGAGAGUUCAGACAGAUGGACUGAAGGUUCUGAUUCUAUGGAACAACCAGAUCACUAACAAUGGACUGGUCCAUCUAGCCAAAGUUCUGAUAUGGAAAGCUGUGAAAGCCUGUUCACAGAUGGAGAGCGCUUCAAAUGAGUGUCCCAAGAGACUAAGAGUAUAUCCUAUAUUCCAUGGAUUAUAUGUGUAGGCCUACCUAUGCUAGCAAAUGUUACAUACAAAAAUACAGUUAAACAUCACACAUAAUGUAUAAACCUAAUACAUGUCUGCCUACCCAGAAGAUCGGGGAUCAGUGGAGCAAGAUUGUAAGGUGGGUUUUUUGUUCACCCAAAAUUAUGCUUUAGUAAUAUUAGCAUACUUGUUAUUGCUCAAUUAUCUUUUGUUGUUUAGACUAAGAUUUCUGAUCUUUACGUAUGUGCUUAUUUGUACAUUUUGAAGUGAUGAAGUGUUGAUUCUUUGAAGUAAAGUGUUUACAUUUGUUUUAA